UAAUCAUUUAGGUUUGGGUAGUUAAGAUCAUAUAAACAACGGUUAAUAAUUUUUGUGACUAAACAAGACCUGUGCGGCGUUUGCUGUUGGUGUGUUGUCUCAGUGCUGCCCAGAUUUGUCUUGCCUUUUGGUAUUCAGGAUGGCAGAGAAAUUCUUGAAAGAACUACCAUCUUUUAACAAAGAGAAUUUUUCAAAAUUUAAAUCAGACGAUCAUACAAAAUGUCGAAAAGCAGUCUCAUACAUUCAAACAAAGGAAGUUGAUGAUGAUGAACCUCAAGUGAUAGUAACAGACAAAACGAAUAUUUUGCUGAGGUAUCUGCGUCAACAACUCGUCGAUAAGAACUCUCAGAGUAAGCGCAGAGGUUUGAACCCAUCGUCAGAUAUUUCGCCGCGGGAAAAAAUCCUUCGACUUGAUACAGAUCAGAGCGGGAAUGAUUAAUAAUGGUAAAAGUACGCAUUCGCGGAUAGUAUACAUUGGAUGUGAUUGGUCCCUGCAACUCUGAAUAAUUUACGCCGGAAUAUUUGGUGACAGAAUGACGAUGCGUAACCUAAAUUAUUUCUCCUGUCUUUAUUUUUGAUUUUUGUUUCAUUAAGACUCUAAGAAGAUAUAACUCUCAGUACAAACAGCCUCGCACGAGAAGCAAUCAUUUGAUAAACAACGCUUUCUGUUUCCACACGUUCCAUUUUUUUAGCUAUGGAGUAAAAAGAAAAUUAUGAGUAAAUAUCACAGAACGUUUUAUCGUUUGGGUGGGAUUGCCGAUUGCAACUAAAUUGGAAUAAUCCCGAAAGUUUCGGACAAAAACGUGCAUUAAAAUGCCAGUGUAAACGCCCCAUAUGUUAUAUAUUUAUGCGGAAGCCUUACGUUUGUGAUAUUUGCUUUGUGGCGAGACCAGUUUCAAUUAACGAUGUUGAAUUGUGUCUGGACUGCAGUAGGAUUUUUUUUCUUUUAAAAUUUGCAAGUUUGUUUUCGCCAUUAGAACAAUAGGUGAAAAUAAUGUAUAUAUUUGUUAAAAUUCGAGAAAUAUCAAUAGAUAUAUUAC